AUGUGGAAGGAACUGCUUUCUACAGCCUUCUACCGGGCUAUCUUCACUGAGUUCCUGGCCACUGCCAUCUAUGUCUUUUUUGGCUUGGGAUCAGUGCUGGAUUGGCCAGAGAAACCCUCCAUCCUGCAGACUGCCAUCACCUUCAACUUGGCAGCAGCCACUGCUGUCCAGAUUGCCUGGCAUGCCAGUGGAGCCCAUGUCAACCCAGCAGUGACCGUGGCCUUCCUGCUUGGCUCUCGUGUCUCAUUGGUGAGGACUGUCUGCUAUGUGGUAGCCCAGCUGGCUGGAGGCAUUGUUGGGGCAGCCAUCCUUUAUGCAGUGACUCCUGGGAAUAUUCGGGGAGUUCUGGGCAUCAGCAAGGUAAAGGUCAACGUUUCAUCAGGACAAGCUGUGGCAGUUGAGCUCAUCUUGACCCUGCAGUUGGUUCUGUGCUAUUUUGCAUCCACAGAUAAACAGCGCAGUACGGGCUCCCCAGCUGUCAUGAUUGGCAUCUCGGUUGCCCUGGGCCACUUAGUUGGGCAUUACUACACUAGCUGCUCCAUGAAUCCAGCCAGAUCCUUUGGUCCUGCUGUCAUAACUGGGAAGUUUCUUCACCAGUGGGUCUUCUGGGUGGGCCCCUUAACUGGUGCGGUCUUGGCAUCCAUCCUUUACAACUUUAUUCUUUAUUAUGACCCAAAGCCCUUCACACAGAGACUGUCUAUUCUCAAGGGAGAAGAGCUGAAGACGGAGGGGGACCAACAGAAAGAAUCAUUGUCAUUGCCCAGUCUGGUGCAUAGAUUGUAGCUUCCUCGGACCACGUGGAGAAGACCUUUCGGAUGCGCUCAGCAAGAGCUGGAUCUGUGGGUGGUGGUCCCAUAACCAGCCACCAGAGGGCUCCAGGUGCCUUUUCUCUGAAGUCUGCAUUGCCAUGUGGAUUUCAGAUGUACUUGCAGCAAAAGGAGCCUCCCAGGAGCUGGUCCUGUGUUGCCAUGGGAUUGUGAGCUGUCAUAUGGAUGUGUGGACAUCUUAAGCACUGUACUGUAUGCAGGAAAUGAAAACGGCUGCUUUCAGCAUAAAGUGAAUAUGAAUAUGACAGCUAUGAAUUGCAGUGCCAAACUAGUGGCUUGCUUGAGGUUUAAACCUGUCCUUUCCUAGGCAGAAAUUAUUCAGAGGAUAAGCAAAAGUUACUUAGAUAAAUAGCCUGGAUGCUAGCUGGAUCCUUAGCUGAUGAAUGAACCAUU